AUGGCCGUCUACACCAGCCCGCCGAGCCCCCUGUACGCGUCGCCGGAGCUCGAGACGCCCCCCCGCGGCUCGGCGGCGCCCUGCGCCACGCCCGCCUCCCCGUCGCCGGCCACCUCCCACCGCCACGCCGGGGCGGCAGCGGGGCUACUCCUCCUGCCCGCAGCCCUCCUCCUCACCGUCGCCGCUCAAGUGGCGGGACCAGCUCCACCACAGCCCUGCCCCGCUCUUCCACAGCUCGGCCUCCCUCGCCGGCCGCCGGGAGCCCCUCGGCCUCCCGGCUCGCCGGCCGCGAACGCGACCGCCUCUUCUCCGGCUUCGUGCGGAGCGCGCUCGGCACCUGCAUCGACUACGCUCCGCUCACCACCUCACCCCCUGCCCGUCGACGCCGCCGAGCUCGCCUUCGACCUCAACGACAGCCUCGCGGAGGCGGAGCCGUCGACCGAGCCUUACGCCGAGACCUCCUCGCCGUCGAACACCUUGCGGGCGGCGAUGAGGGGUGGCGGAAAAAGGAGGAGAAUGCCGGGGAGGGAUAAGAUUGGUUCAUCGGGCCAGGAACCUCUUCCUCGGCGCGUGGAACGGAACUACGGAAGGGCCGUCAUUGGCGAGCUCGUUAGGGACUGCGCUCCCUCCUCCAUGUUUGCUGUGAAGGGUGCGGAUCUGGAGGUCAGGAGGGUGGAGCUGGAUAUGAAGCGGCGGCGGCGGUGUGCCCUAAAGGUGCCCCGAGACGAGGGGAGCGGGGGCGAAUUGAGGAUUUCACUUUAG